GUUUCUUUUCUUUUUUUUUUGGAACUAAUAUUCGGUGCAACAACAACACAACAACAACAACAACAACAAGUCAAGUUGAUCUUCUACCUGCAUUCAGGAUUAUAACACACCUUUAUAUUUCAUCAAUUUCUUCAAACAACAUUUGUAUCCAACAGAAUGCCUCAAGAAAGCAUUCGUUGGCAAGGAACUCAGAGGAGAGCAUGUGGCCCAGGAGCGCAAUGGAACGUUCAGGUGGUCAGAGGGAAGGUGACAACACGAUGUUUGUGGCAUGCCUGCAAAGCUCUUGGUAUUGGACUUCUCUUAAUGCUUUUGGGAGCUUGCAUGGCAACUAUAGGUUACUACGCGGAUCAAUUAUCAGUGGCACAAGAGAUAAGAGGUAAUUUGACGAUUAAAGUGAAAAAUGAGUCACGUGAGUUUCAUUUGAACAACCUCAGUUACGCCGGGCCGAUAGUCAUGGGUUUUGGAGGAUUUAUCGUUGUAGCUGUAUGCGUGAUGACCUUCGAGGCACGUGAUAGCGCAGCUAAAGUUGUACCGGCACGUUUUAGAUUCAAUCAAAGUACGUUGAAAGGUGCUAAAACUCAACGAAAUCGUAGAUCAACGUCUUGUCAAACGACUAAUAAUAAAUGGGAUCAUCAAUAUGGAUUAUUCAGGAUAAAUCGUAGCUUGAGUCCGAGCGCUCAAGAAAUUUCUCGAAGACAAUUGAAGGCUGAAUUGGUCAGAUUUUCACGAGAAUUACAGGAAAAAAGUUUAUCCCAUACCAUCAAAAAGAGUCCCAGUGCACCGAUUUUAAUAGAUAAGAAAUCACCACGUAGGGAAACACCACAGUAUGCUGGCUGUGCAUUUCUAAAUCCACAAUUGUUGCAGAGACAUGCAUUGUCCGUUGAUAAUCCAGCUUAUAGUCCACCACAAAUCAGUCGGGAAAGUUUGGAGUAUCCAAAGUUAACUGGUAGUCAAGCUUCCAUGGCAAUGGAUCUUCAUAUUCCUAAUAAAGGACCAGUUACGUUAAGGGUUAGAGAUCGAUCGGAUACAGCGAGACGACAUCAGUUGCUUCGUCAAACAAAAAUCGAAGACGUCGAGGAGACCAUGGAAUCAAAAAGGCCAACUUCCGGAUAUAUAUAUUCCCCAAGAUUAUCAGGUGUAUACAACAAGUAUCCCGCCGAGUACGUAAUUGGAAAAAGGAAUUCGGUGGACGUAAGAUAUUUGGACGAUUUAAAUACCCUUUCGUCGAGGGAUUCAUCAAAAGUAUCACCGCGAGAUUUUCGAAAACUAUCGUCCCCGAAUUUUCGUAAAAUGUCAUUGGACAGAAUAGGUGGUGAACAUAGGUUGGACAAAUCGAUGGGUCAUCGUAAGGCAAGUUUGGAAUUUAGAAAAAGUCCGGAUUUUCGUCGUGGUGAUUACAGAAAAUUAUCGGUGGACAGAUUUAGCGUGGAUUACACUAGAUGCGUAAUGGACGAGGUUGAAAUUAGAUCAAAAGCAAACAGCGGUGAAAGUUUGAAGAGACAACAACGUUAUCCUAAACUUCAUCAUUCCCGAUCUGACGACAACAGAAGACGUUCCUUCGAUAAAAGUCAAAGGGAAUCCCAAUCAAGUAGAUAUUCUUUGAACACUCAAGGUGCUACUGACAGUGCUGAUUACGAUUUAAGAUAUUUCAUAUCAACUUCAUUAAGCACCGAGGAAAGUCGUACGGAAAAUCCCGAUGACAGUCAUGGUUUUGACAUUGACGAAUCUUUGACAAUUCCUUCACCUUUAGAAGGACAAGCUGAAACUGAUACGCUAUUGGAAGAACCCGAAUUAGAAAAUUUAACGGAAAACGAUACGGAAAAUAACGUUGAUCGUUUUAAUCGUUGCGAGGAUAUUAAAAAUGUCGAUGAAGAUUUGAGAAAGGUUGAUGAUAUGAUGUUGCAAGAUUGGGAAAAUGUUUUAAAGGAAUCGGAAAGAAAGAGGGAAACUAUUUUGUGUAUAGAAGAUGACGAAGUUUGAAAUCUGUUACUUUAUUAUUAUUAUUAUUUGUUAUUUCUUUAAAGGGUUUUAGUAAUGUUUUCCUUAAUCAAAGAAAUAAGAAGACUUCAGAAUGAAUUAUACAAAUCGAUUAUGUCUUCUAGUCGAGUUUAACUAGUCUCUCAUUUUUUGAUCAUUGACAUUUGACAUGGUACAAACGAUGAAUAUAUUUUAAGCUGUAUAUAUAUAUAUAUAUAUUUGUGUAUUUUUAAUAAGUGGCUUUUAAAGGAACGAUACGUUGAAUAUAAGUAUAAAGAGAUUAAAUUGAAAAUAUUAUUUACAAUUAGAUAGUUGAUUCAUUAAAUGCGAGCCUAAUUUAGGCUGAUUGUGAGAUUGAAUCAUUUUGAGGACCAUUGAUUUAAGUAGAGAAUACAAUUCUGUGAUCUGUAACUCGUAGUAGCAAUGGUGUUAAACGAUAAACUAAUGGGAAUCGUGACAAAAGAACGAGCUUUUUAAAUUAAAAGGAGAAACAUUUUACAAGGUUUUAAUACUACCGGUUGAUACGGCCUUCGAAUUAAUUAUUAUAUCAUCAAUGUUUCAAAAUGUUCAAUAUUUAUUGUUGUAGAUAAAUUGUUGUAUAGGAAACAAAAAAAAGAGAAAGAAAGAAGGAGAGUAAAAGGUAAUGGCGGAGAUUAACCCUUUGUCCUAUCAGUUAACUUCCAAUUUGACCCAUUAUUGGGUCAUAAUAAUCAAGAAAUUAUUAUAAUUAAUAUUAGAUUUUAUUUUUUAUUGACAUGAUUCAUUCUUUUAAGGAUUUAUAAAGAAUAAUCUGUGUGAAUGUAAGGAGAAGUUUCAUGUAACGAAGUAAGAAAAUGUUGAAUACAAUUGAACCACGAGUCUGACUCGUGUUGAUUAUUAUUGGUCUGAAAUAUCACGGAUCAGACUCGUGCUUAUUGUUUAAGGUUUUACAGCCAAAUUUUUGAAGGUUUUUCUAGUCUCACUCGUUGUAGGACAAAGGGUUAAGUUGUACCAGGACUAAGGCCUUGGAAUAUUAAAAAGGGGUUCCCCAAAAGGACUCCUUGAAAUAUUGAAAUUACUUUUAUGAGAAAAAUUGCAUUUCUUUUUUACCAAUUGAUUUAAUUAUUGUAUUUUAAGGUACGCAAUUUUUCAUAGUUAUUUCUUUUCUAAUUUCAUUUUGAGGACUCCAAAAUUGUGAUUCCAAUUGUUUGGUGUCUUCCCUACUUAAAAAAUACAAAAAAUGAGGCGUGCGCAAAAGUUUGAAAUCUUUCAAGUUAGUUGAUUACUUUACUUUUUAUAUAAUCCCGAUCAAAUGAAUUAUAUAUUUAUCGAUAAUCAAUUGUUUCGGUGUCACGAAUGAUCAAACCUAACCUAUAAAACGGACAAUAAAAUACGCCCGAAUAAAUCAUCAUCACGCGACACACUUUUACAAACUUUUCCAGUCUAAAUAAGUUUGCCAAUUUUUUUUUGGUCUCCCCCCACCUUCAU